AUAUUUUUACCUGGUAUUGUUCGUGGGUUGCCUCUACUCUUUGAUUUGUACAUAAUAUAUAUACUGUUGCAGAUCAGAGGAGAGGAGGAGGAAGAAGGGGCAACAGAGAAGGAAGAAACGAGAGAGAGAGAAAAAGAGCAAUUAAGAGGGGAAAGGAUCAUAUAUUUUACACUGAGAUGGGUAGCAUAUGGAAGUCUAAAGUUCUUCCGAGGUUCGCAAAUGUUUUUGGUAAUAGCAAAAAGAAAACUGCUGCAGCUGAGGCUGUCAAGUCCUUUGAUGAUUCAAAGGAGGAGUUUGCCAAAGAGUUUGAAGAGAAGAAGACUGAACUCCAACCUAAAGUUAUAGAAAUUUAUGAAGCUUCUCCACCACCGAUUAAGGCUUUGGUGAAGAAACCCACAGAAUCUGAUCUGAAGAAGAACUCAUCAGGAGUCAAGAAAUUCCUUGAUGAAUUAGUGAAGAUUGAAUUCCCGGGCUCCAAGCCGGUGAGCGAGGCCGCCGUCAAGUUUGGUCCUUCGUAUGUCGCCGGACCGAUCACCUUCAUCUUCCAGGAGGUCUCCAGCCUCCUCCCGGUGGAAGAACCGCCUGCUGCCCCUGCCGAGGCCACCGAUGCCUCUGCUCCCGCGGAGGAGAGCGCGAGCAGAGAGGUAACCGCCGAGGCCAUCGAGGAGAUCAAGAAAGAGGAGGAGGUUGUCAAGGCGGAGGAGACGCCGCCUCCUCCUCCAGCCGGCACCGAAACUCCUGCCCCGACCGAACCAGCAGCCACCGAUCCUCCAGUACCGGAGCCGGAGCCUACCAAGGCAGAGGAGGUGCCGCCGCCGGAGCCCGCCAAAGCAUGAGGUACAGUUACUGCAUGCUCCAAUUGUAAUCAAUUUCCUGCUUCCUUGGCAAGGCGAACAGAGCAAGGCAUCACAAUUUCUGUGUCUACGUACGUGAUUGAAAUUGUUAUUAAUUCUUUUCUUGAUUUCUUCUGUACUUAAAUUGUAUUGGUGAUGGGGAUACGUAGUUCCAUUUUGCUCAUGCGAGCUGUGUAAUAUUAUGAACAACUGUACUGGUGUGGUUUAUUAAUUAUAAAAUGUUCAAUUGAGUUA